AUGAGGGCUUUUCUGGCUCCAAAGGGUGACACAGGGAGCAGCGCACAAAAUACACGCAGCACUACAGGGGUCCUCGGGUGCGCAAGCAGCGCUUUAGGAGUUUUCCACUACGGCAGUUUCUCUGAGAGGGGAACAGCUGUGCUGCCGGUGCUUCUCUGCCUCAGUGUAGCCGCGUUUGUCUGCGUGGCAGCACCAGGAGCCCAAACACGCUGGCCCCGACGCCUCUCCGCAACAGUUGCACCGGCAACAACGGCAGCUGCGGCAGCCGCCGCAGCAGUAGCAGCAGCAGCAGCAAAAGAUUCAGCAGCAACACAGCAGCAGCAACAGCAGCAGCUGCAGCAGCAGCAACAACAGCUGCAGCAGCAGCAGUCUCACCACCUCCAUGAGGCGUAUGCAGCAGCAGCAGAGCGGAGCAUGUGGCUGGUGAGCGACACGGUGUACAUACACCCGGAGCAGGAGACGCAGCGGCUCCUGGAGAUGUGGCAACAGUUUGCCGCCGCUCUCAGGGAGGCACAGGCGCAUCAGCAACGGGAGGCGAAACACAGGCAGGAACACAUGCAGCAGCAGCAACAGCAGCACAAGCAACAGCACGAGGCAGAACUGCAUCGAUCGGAGCUCCCGCAGCAUCAACAACAGCCUAACGAAGAGCAUCAAGAGCAACAGCAGGAGGACGAAGUAGAGCAGCAGCAGCAGCAAGAGGAGCAGCAGCAGGAGGAGCAGCAGCAAGAGGAGCAGCAGCAAGAGGAGCAGCAGCAGGAGGAGCAGCAGCAAGAGGAAUUGCAGCAAGGGGAGCAGCAACAGCAAGAGCAGCAGCAGCAAGAGCAACACCAGCUUCGUUCUUCUGCUGCAACUUUGUCAUGCGCCGCCGCAGCAGGAGCAGCAGCAGGAGCAGCAGGAGCAGCAGCAGCAGCAGCAGCAGCAGCAGCAGCAGGAGGAGGAUCGGCAGCUUCGAGACUAGCAGCUCUCGAGGAGAAGAAGCGAGCAGCCUUAUGGCCUCCCCGUUUGCCUCGUGCGUGGAGGGGCCCUCGUGGACCGAGGGGCCGUCCAGCGGUGCUUUUGACUUCGCUGCCUAAUCUGAGGGUGAAUUUCUUGAGGCAGCUUCUGCUGCAGCACUUCGCAAAGUGGAGGGCGCCUCCUACCGCCUUGUUUUUGAGCGUAUGCCCCUCGAGCGGCCGCUGCGGCGGCUGGGGAGCAGUGCUGCUCGCUUCGCUCGACGCCCUUCGGCAGUUUCUGCGUAUCCCCCUGUUUACGUGGACGGUAGAGGAUGCGGCGGCUACCCUCUCUGCGCUCCGACAGAAGCCCACAGCAGCAGAAGCAACGGCUGCCUCGUCGACGGCGCAUGCAGCGGUGCUGCCUGACGCUAGAAGCGAACGUGGAAAGGGAGAAAGAUCCGUUCAGCUGCAUUUGCUGCUGUGGCCAGAGGGGCAGCUUCGUCUGGAUGCGCGCAGUCUGUAA